UUUUUUUUACAACAAUCAUUCAUCAAAUAUUGUUUAUUUUAGUAAUUUUGAAAGAGGAGUUAAUUUUGGGGUUUUUUUGCGGAGGUAAAAAAAUUAUUUUUUUGAUUAUUUUUGUGAACACUCAGAAACCAAAUAUUUUUUUAGUUCUAGUGUAGUCAAUAAAGGGUAGUGAGUAUACGAGAUUUUUCGAUCCAGUGUCAUCCUUCAUCUUAUCCUUCAUUUUGUGACGAAAUGAAAAUUUUUUGGGGUCUGACCCAAAUGAACAAUUUUAUACCUUGUGGCCAAAUGUCGUAUUUUUAAUAAUUUUUUAUUUUUACGAAUUUUACGAAAUUUUUUAAUUUUUUUUUCUUUUUAAUUUUCAGAUAUUUAUUAUAAAUAUGUAGAUUAUAGAUAUGAAUUUAUUUAGUAAAAAAAGCAAAAAAGGAACAACAACAACAACAAAUGAAUUAUUCAAAACUGGAGGAAUUCAAUUAUUCAAACUUCCGCUUGCACAAGCUGUUAAAAACAACCCCUCUUUUGAUGGAGUUCCUGUGCCUGCUUUAAUCAGAGAAUGUUUGGAUUAUAUUGCUUUUUACGGACUCGACUUGGAAGGCAUUUUUCGCGUAUCCUCACCCAAAUCAAGAUUGGAUGAACUCGAAUUGAUGGCUAAUAGUGAAAAAAGAGAUGAAAUAGUUUUUCAGGAUGCCCACGAAGCGGCAGGUUUACUUAAACGCUUUUUGCACCAUUUACCAGAAAAUAUGGCUUCUCUUAAUCAACACAUUUUGACUCAACAAUUGAAACCUAAAUUUGAACAAAUUGCUAGUGAAUGUAAAUGUAAUUAUCAAAAUGUUUGUGCCUGUCAAUGCGCUUUACAGCUCAAAAAAUUAUUAUUACAACUGCCUACAGAAAAUUAUUAUCUUUUGGGUUAUAUAUUCAGACAUGCACAUCUCAUUAUACAACACGUAAAAAUUAAAAAAAAUUUUUUGUCUUGA